AUGGAAAUGUUUGAUAGUUCAAAUUUCGAAGAUUUUGAAUUUACUCAGGCAGAUUUGAGGGAAAUAGCAUUACUCGAGACUAGCAUUGUUCAGCAGGAUGAACAAGAUAGUCAAUCAUAUCUACAGUCGUCAAAUUCAAACGAAGAACAGUUGUGCAUUCCAAAAAAACGGAGACGAUUAAUCAUCCGAAGCGACAGUGAGAGUGAGUCGGAUUCUAUUAGAAAUUACGUGACAAGCAAUAUUACCGCUUCAGACCGUGUGUCAAAGAAAUGGUCACGCCCUAGGCGUCAACAACCUUCUAUUAUACCUUUCACGGAAACUUCAGGUAUGAGUAAAGAAAUUUCUAAUAUAUUGAAAGACGCAGACCCGGGAGCUUUUUAUAGUCUUUUAGUGCCUGAUGAAAUUUUCGAUAUAAUUGUAGAGCAGACCAACUUAUUUGCCUUACAAUCUAGCGAAUCCAAAAAUGUAAAACCGUCAUCAAGAUCUCAUGCUUGGAAACCAACUGAUAGACAUGAAAUUAAACGCUUCUUUGGGCUUAUUUUAUAUAUGGGUCUUGUAAGACUUCCAAAGUUAAAUUAUUACUGGAGCAGAGAUAAAAUAUUAGGGCAAACAUUCCCAUCUACCAUCAUGAGCCGAAAUAGAUUCGAAAUUAUUCUACAGUACCUACAUUUUAGUAAUAACGAAACAGCAAAUAAAUCUGAUCGAAUAUUUAAGAUAAGGCCGAUUAUAGAUAUGGUUAAUAUUACAUUCCAAAAAUAUUAUUCACCAAAAGAAGACAUUUGUGUAGACGAAAGUCAGGUUCCAUUCAGAGGACGUAUUGUUUUUAGACAAUACAAUAAAAGUAAGCGUCAUAAAUAUGGUUUAAAGCUAUUUAAACUGUGCACUACACCGGGGUACACCUGCAAACUUUCACUGUAUAGCGGUAAAAAUAUCGACACAGUAAACACCACGCCUACGAAAGUGGUAAUGUCUCUUUGUAGUCAAAUAUUAAACAAAGGGCACACUUUGUCAACUGACAAUUGGUACACAAGCUUAGAGUUGGCUUACAAUUUACUGGAACAUCAAACGCACUUGAUUGGAACUAUUAGGAAAAACCGAACAGGUUUACCUAAGAGUGUAGUAGAAGCCAAACUCCAAAAAGGAGACUUCAUUGCUAUGGAAAACGAGGACGGUAUUACAAUUUUAAAAUGGAAAGAUAAGCGGGAUGUGAUAAUGCUAUCUACAAAACAUUCCGAUAGAAUGUCAACAAUCACUAAAAAGGGCAAACAAGUUACUAAGCCGAAAAUGAUUUUAGAUUACAAUAAGUCAAAAGGAUCUGUCGAUUUGAGCGACCAAAUGUCGUCGUAUUCGUCUCCCUUGCGCAAAACUGUAAAAUGGUACCGGAAACUUGGUAUUGAGAUUUUGUUGAAUAUUGCCAUAGUUAAUGCAUGGGUUAUGUUUACCGAAAGUAGGAACACAAAAAUGUCCAUUGUAGAGUUUCGAAAGUCUCUAGUAGAGUAUCUAACAUGUUCGUCAGAUUCUCAACAGAACGAGUCAGUAGUAACGGUAUCAAGACCCAAACGAUUAAAGCACGAGUUGCAAACAAAAUCCGGGAAAGUUAGAAAUACUAGACGAUUUUGUGUACAGUGUUACAAAGAUAUGGUAAAGCAAUUUGGACGAAAACAGGCGAAAAAUAAAACUAAAAAGGUCAAUACUUUUUGUGGUCAAUGUGAUGGAGAACCACAUCUCUGUUUAAGUUGUUUUAAUAAAGUUCAUCGUUAUGUGUAG